AUGGCAUUGAAGCAUGCAAAGCUCUUGCGCAGUGUUAUGGUGGGAUAUCUCAAUGCAGAAGGAGCUAACACCAUAUCUCAAGUUAAGUAUCUGAAAUAUCUUGCCGUUUCAAAACUAGAUUGUGAAAAACUUCCUGAGACUAUGUCAGAUGUUUGGAGCCUGCAAGCACUUCAUGUAACACGCAGCUCUUCACUUGCCGAGAUACCCAAAUCCAUUUGUAAGAUGAAAAUGUUAAGAACACUAAACUUGUCGGGAUGUAUAAAGCUAAAGAGUUUGCCAGAUUCUAUUGGUGAUUGUCAUAUGAUUUCAAGUAUUGAUCUUUGCAGUUGCAGUAAGCUUACAGUGUUGCCAGACUCUAUUGGUAAGUUGCAGAAGUUAAGAACAUUGAACCUAUCAUGCUGUAGAGAGCUGAAAUGCUUGCCAGAUUCCAUUGGCAGAAACAAAAUGCUAAGAUUGUUGAGACUAAGUUACAGCAAAGUUGAGAGGCUACCAUCAAGUAUGACAAAACUGGAAAAUCUGGAGUGUUUGGACCUUCAGGGUUGUCGUGAGCUAGUAGAGCUGCCUGAAGGCAUCGGCAACUUGGAUAAGCUUCAAGUUUUGAACCUAAAUUAUUGUACAAAAUUGGGAGGAAUGCCUGUAGGCAUUGGACAGCUCAGUCAACUACAAAAGUUGGGCUUAUUUCCUAUUGGUAAGGGAGAAAAGUUUGCUCGAAUGUCAGAGCUUGCAAAUGUAUCUAGGUUUGGUGAGGAACUAACAAUCAUAGGUAUUCAACAUGUGAUGGAUACGAAUGAUGCACACGAGGCAUGCUUGAAACAGAAGGCAAACUUACAGAGGUUGCGCCUAGAGUGGAUGGCAGAUUACCCAAAAGAGGUAAACACUGAGUUGGAGCAGGCUGUCCUUGAUGGUCUGGAACCACCACCUGGUAUUAAAAUGCUGGACAUUCAUGGGUAUUCAGGUAGGCAAUUUGCAGGGUGGAUGCAAAGUCAAGUUGGCGGUGGAGUACAGGGCCCUGCUCCCUUCCCAUUUUUGAGGGAGAUGAGGCUAUGUUAUUUGCCGAACUUGAAGCAUCUAGAUGGGCUUGUCGAGCUACCUUGUUUGGAGGAGCUUUGUCUGCUAAGGAUGCCUUCUCUUGAGAGCAUAAGUGGAGGCCCAUUUCCUUCGCUGGUGAAGUUGAAGAUGGAUUAUCUGCCUUGUCUGGGAGUGGUGUGGAUGGUACCAGAGACGACCAUGCCCGAUGUAGAAGAUGGGGGAGGCUGCUACAAUUUAACACCUCACUUGGGACUAGUCCGAGUUGGUAGCUGCUUAUCAGAGUUAGUGAUCAAUCGUUGUCCUAAGUUGGAGGUGAUGCCGCACCUUCCUCCGUCGCUGCAGCGCUUGAGCUUGCAUGGCAGUGAGCUGGUGCUGCAGUCACCAGGCCAAUGCCAGGGGUCUUCUUCGUCCCCCAGUUUUAACAAACUGAAGAAGCUUCAACUAUGGAAUGUGACAGGAUUAGGAUCUGGGCAUGGGUGGGAGCUACUGCAACACAUGACGGCACUCGAGUCAUUGGAGAUUCGUUGCUUCUCUGGAGUGCAAACCGAGGUGCCUGAGAGCUUGUGGAGCCUCACAUCCAUCCGGUCCCUGAAAGUGGACGGCUGGCCUAAUAUCCGCAUGCUACCCGAGUCGCUAGGGAAACUCCGGUCUCUACAAAAGUUGAGCAUCGUAAUCUGUCGUAGCCUGAUCAGCCUCCCCCAAUCAAUGGGAAAACUCACAUCCCUCCAGUUGCUCAAGAUAGGAUGGUGCCAAGCACUUCACCAGUUGCCCGACUGCCUCGGAGAACUCUGCUCUCUACGCAAACUCGAGAUUACAGACUUGCCAGAGCGGACUUGCCUUCCACAAUCCAUCUGCCGCCUCACCACCUCUCUUCAUGAGCUCACAAUCCUCCACUGCCCGGGCAUCAAAUCCUUGCCGGAGGGGAUAAAGGACCUCACGGCUCUGAAGCAAUUGAUGAUCUGUUUCUGCCCUGAUCUGGAGAGGCGCUGCAAGAGAGGAACAGGGGAGGACUGGCACCUCAUCUCCCACAUCCCUGAUGUCUACAUUCAUGUUAACAUGAUGGGCCAGAUUUGUCAUUUGUCAUUUGUCAAACUGAUAACACACCUCACGUCCCUCAAGGAGCUCAGCAUAGAAAAUUGCCAUGCGCUUGUCCAAUUGCCCCAAGGUCUGGGAGAGCUCUGCUCUCUAAGCAAGUUGGACAUUUGGCUCGUGCCUGGCCUGACUUGCCUUCCUCAAUCCUUGCGCCGCCUCAUGUCCCUACAGGAACUCGAGAUUAGAGGGUGCAUAGAGCUUGGCGAACUGCCCGAAUGCCUGGGUGAGCUCCACGGCCUACGCACGUUAACUGUUUGGCGAUUGGACAGCAUGACCUGUCUUCCCCAAUCUUUAUGCCGCCUCGCCACCUCCCUUAAAGAGCUUCAGAUCUUAGCUUGCCCAGGCCUCACAUCAUUGCCGGGGUGGAUAAAGGGCCUCACCGCUCUGCGGCUAUUGGACAUCGAGUGGUGCCCCGAUCUAGAGAGGCGCUGCGAGAGAGGAAAGGGGGAGGAUUGGCACCUCAUCUCCCACAUCCCCCUCAUCUACGGAUUGGUACCUGUGCAGUUUGCUUCCCUGGGCGUGUACGAAGACCGUAUUACUUAUGGGUAUCCAAAUAUCAACAGGAUUGAUUUGCAACGGCAAUUUUGA